AUGGAUCAACAUCAAAGUCAAGGUUCAGAUGAACUUGCUCAGAAGAAACGUAAAGUAGACGAUAUUACUAAUGAUAAAGAUAAUACUAACACAAAAACGGUACCGAGAGGUAUACAUAGAUCGAUAUCACCACCUCCAUUGCGAAGACGUAGGAUAGGAAGUCCCAAGCCGGUGAUGCUUGAGGAGGAAGAAAGUCCUAACCGGAAAGAAGUCGAUCAAAAGCCGGUUGAAUUGUCCGAGCAAGAUUUGAUGGAUAGCAAGAAUUCAGUGCUUGAACAUACAAAGCGAGGGGUGGUGAAGUCGCCAUUCCAGCUUACAACAAUUCGAGAUCUGCCCGCCUCAUCCAACGUGGACGCUGUAUCGCUAAGAGACAUUCUUGGUGAUCCCUUGAUAUCAGAAUGUUGGGAGUUCAAUUAUUUACAUAACCUUGACUUUCUUAUGGAACAAUUUGAUGAGGAUGUACGAAAUCUCGUCAGAGUUAACGUGAUUCAUGGUUUUUGGAAAAGGGAGGAUCAAUCCAGACUUAAUCUCGCGGAACAAGCCUUGAAAUAUCCUAAUAUCAAGCUUCUCACGGCGUAUAUGCCUGAGAUCUCUAUGGAAAUCCCCCAUCUUCCUCUUCUCGGCCCAGAGAAGCCAACCCCAAUUGAACCCUUCAAAAUAGGCUCAGGUCAAAAAUUCAAGUUAGAUCUUCUCAACUACUUACGAGCUUAUGAUACUAAAAGAAUCAUUUGCAAACCAUUAGUCGAACAACUGCUCAAAUACGAUUUCUCUGAGAUAAAAGCAGCCUUAAUAGGCAGCGUACCAGGAAAACAAGGAAUCGAGAUCUCUCCAUCACAAACCGCAUGGGGUUGGGCCGGCCUCACCAACGCUCUCAAAUCCGUCGCAUGCUACCACGACGCUCAACCAGAAAUAGCGAUUCAAAUAUCCUCCAUAGCAUCUCUAGGACCAACAGAUAAAUGGUUAACACACUUUCUCAAAGCCCUUAACACAUCCAAAUUUCCGAGGAAAACGAAUCCAAAAUUCAGAAUUAUUUUCCCGACUGCAGAUGAGGUCAGAAGGAGCAUAAAUGGUUACGCAUCUGGCAAUGCUAUUCAUACCAAAAUCCUCACACCAGCUCAAGAAAAACAAUUGGCGUAUCUAAAACCGAUGCUUUGUCAUUGGGCUGGCGAUGGCGCUCAACAUUCUUCUCCAUCGUCAUCACCAUCUAACUCCCCUUCUCAAUCCUCUACUCCCUCAGAACCAAAAAUCCAAGAAGCAUACCGCAAACGUGCAGCUCCUCACAUAAAAACUUACAUCCGCUUCAGUUCAGAUACAAGUUCAAAUUCUUCGUCUCAAAGAUCAAUAGAUUGGGUGCUCGUCACUUCGGCCAACCUCUCCAAACAAGCAUGGGGCGAACCGCUCAAUUCAGCAGGCGAAGUUCGAAUCUGUAGUUAUGAGAUCGGAGUGCUGGUGUGGCCUGACUUGUGGGGGAAAAAGCAGAGUGGGAAGAAGGUCAAGAUGGUGCCGUGUUUUGGGAGCGACACACCUUUUAUGUCUUCUGUCUCUUCUCAUUUGGAGAUAGUCGAUGAAGAGAAGAUGGAGAUCAAGGGAGAAGAGGAAAUUGGAAAGAGGAGAAAAGAUGAUGGCCGAAAGGAGGAGGACCAGGAAGAAAGCAACACGAUAAUAGUAGGCGCACGAAUGCCCUACGAUCUUCCUCUAGUCCCAUACGGCAAAGACGAUAUCCCAUGGUGUGCGAGUGCAUCAUAUAGCGAACCGGAUUGGAUGGGGAAUACGUGGAAGACAUAA